AUGAUACUGCUAGCUCACGGCUGCUCGCCGCGCGGUUUCCGUCCUCAGCUCUUGCUCGUGUACUGCUCACUAGAGCAGUUGUGCUGUUCUGUGGUGGCGAAAGAAAAGCAGGAGAGUUUGAUGAUUUCGAAUUCUCUUUUUUUGUAUCCAUUCGGAAAUAGACUCGAGAAUCAGCUGACUCCGUUGUCACGCACGACGACUCAUUCAUCCACUGCAGUGUCGACUGGUGGAGUGAAUGUCGUGUCGGUGAGCCUCAACUCGGGCGUCGACGACGGCAGACGUCAGCAUCAGGAAAGUAGUUCCGGCAGUGACAGUGAAGAGCCGCGAUGGUGCGAAAUCGCUCAGAAUUCCGCCGACGUCACGGUCAUUAAACUCUGCUCGGCUUCUUCUUCUCCUGUGCCUUCAAACUGCGGGGACUUCGUGUCAAGCAAUCCCAACGGCGAGGAAACGGCGACAGUGACGAAGAUCCGCGUGAACGAAGACCAGCCGGGCAACAAAGUCUCGCUGAUCGUCAAUGACGAUGCCGGGGUGACGAGCAUCAGCGUCAGUGGCGGCGUUGGUAACAGUGCCGUCGGCCACGACGACGUGGACAUGGUGUCUUCGUCGCCGCCUCCGAUGACGCCCAUUCGAUGCCGCCCAGGAACGGCUCAAGACCGCGAGAAAUUCUACUUGGGCAAAAUCAAGGCUCUGCAAGCAGAACGUAACCAGCUUCGCAAAGACGCCGAGGUGGAGAAACAGAAGGCGUUGACUGCGACUGAACAGCUCGCGUGUAGUCUGCGAGACAGUCAGGUCAAGUUGGAGGCCUUGGCCAACUCCCUCAGCCAAGUGCAGGUGGCGAAAGAUGAUUUGGAAUACAAGUCUUCCUUGGAAAAAGCUGAACUGGAUCGUCGCUUGAGUGAACUGAAGACUCAGAGCGACAUUUGGCACUCGGAAUGCAAAAUUCUCUCAGACAAGUGUGACCACCUGGAAGCGGAAUUGUCCCGGUCGCGAGAAUACGCGGAAAGCGUCGAGUCAUCGUGUGUCUCUCUCAAAGACCUCGCUUAUCUCUGGCAAAUUCUCGACAUCCACGACGAAGACGCCGCUGGUGGUGGCACCAGCAGCAAUUCUUCAUCGGGUCCUGCGACUGCUGACGAUCGUCCCGUCGACAAAUACGUCAGAGGAAUCCGAGCCCGGGUUCUCGAGCUCCAGAAGAAGGACGCUGCAUACCAGCAUACUUUGAGAGAAGCUGACAGGAUCGUGGCUGACGUGGAAUCGCGGUACCGAAGUCAGAUCGCCGACCUCGUCACUGAGCAAACGAAGCUCGUGUCCAAGGUUUCUUCCCUGGAGCAAAUCAACAGCCAACUGCGCCGCCAUGUGCCGAAAACCUCUGGUAACCCAUUGGACAAAGAAAUGGCGCUCCUCGAGCAACUAGUUUCUGUGGAGAACUCCAACAUGAAGCUCAAGGAGCAGCUCUUGGACGCGGAAAAAUGCGAUCGCGGCCGGUCCAUGCGCAUCCUGGAGCUCGAACGCGAAAUCACAGAGCUCAAGCACGUUUUGCGCGAGCAGGACGAGCUUUUGGGUCGAAUCGACUCCUUACAACGAGACAAUGCCCAGCUGCGUGUCGACAACGAGUUGUUGGCUCCGGUUCGGCGACAGUUGAGUGAUGCCAAAGCCAAGAUCCGGCUCCUCGAGGCUCGGAUCGACGAGUUGGAAGAGACCGAAAAGAGUUUGCAGGGCACUGUGGAGCGGGCGACGCAUUUGCUCAAGUCCAAAGAUGACAAGUACUUGGCUGAGAUUGGGUGCUUGAAGUCCCGGCUGGACGGUGUCAAACAGCAGCUGGAGGCGAAGGAAGCUGAAGCCGUGAGGUGGAGAGCGGACGCGCACGCGUUGAAGGAACAGCUUUCCGGCAAGGACCUUGAGGCCAAACGGAAGGGAGACAUGCUGCAUUCCAUGGAGGAAACUCAUCGCAAUGAAGCGUUGGUCUCGAGAUGCAUGGGCUGCAUGACGCACCCGAUUCAAGGGAAAUUGCUCAAUGCACUCACCAAUGCUGGUGUCCAACUCCCUCGGUUUCCUGUACACCUCACCAUUACCUUUGAAAUCGCUGAUUUUGCACGCGAUAUUUCCCACCGCAUGCGUGAGACUCGCGUGACGGAAAAUCCAAUGAUCGAGCGACUCCCGAGGUCGGAACACGUCGGGUGUCCGCCAACAGGUCACGGAAAACCGCGUCUGUUGCUGCAUUUGUGUCUGAUAUCUCUUCCUUCUUUUGCAGUUUCGAACAAAAAUUCCCUCUUCAUCAAUGUGGAUCUGUGUUAUAUUCCUGUGAUUUCUUAG